UCAAUGUGUGUGUCUUGUGUAUAGCAGGACUCCAGUGGUUGUUCAUAGAGUAAGAUAGAUGAUGUUAUUUUUAUUUAUUUUUUGCCUAGUGGUGAGCAGCAGCUUUGAGGACCAGUUGACCAGUCUAAAUGGAUCGGCCCCCCUAGAUUUGGGCCAGGCCAAUGGGCCCCAGGAGACAGAAGCCCUGCCCCGGCCCUUCGGCCUGGACUCGGACGCGCUGACGGAGACGGUCGAGAGCGAACCCAACCUCUUCGUGGCGCUCUAUGACUUUGUGGCCAGAGACGAUGACGAGCUCAGCUUCACCAAAGGCGAGAAGCUGCUGGGCUACAACUAUGGCGGGUGGAUGGAGGUGCUCUCCAUGAACGGCCAGGGCUGGGUGCCAUCCAACUACAUCACGCCCGUCAACAGCCUGGAGAAGCACAGCUGGUACCGCGGCCCCGUGUCGCGCAGCGCCGCCAUGUACCUGCUCGGCCUGGACUUGGCUGAGCUGACAGAGGAGGUACGCUGGCGCUACAAGGAGAACCUCCUGGGGACGGCGGAGAGCGACCCCAAACUCUUCGUGGCGCUCUAUGACUUUGUGGCCGAAGACGAUGACGAGCUCAGCAUCACCAAAGGCGAGAAGCUGCUGGGCUACAACAAUGGCGAGUGGAGCGAGGUGCUCUCCAUGAACGGCCAGGGCUGGGUGCCGUCCAACUACAUCACGCCCGUCAACAGCCUGGAGAAGCACAGCUGGUACCGCGGCCCCGUGUCGCGCAGCGCCGCCAUGUACCUGCUGACAGAGGAGGUACGCUGGCGCUCCAAGAAGAACCUCCUGGGGACGGCGGAGAGCGACCCCAACCUCUUCGUGGCGCUCUAUGACUUUGUGGCCACCGGCGAUGACACACUCAGCAUCACCAAAGGCGAGAAGCUGCUGGUGCUGGGCUACGACAAUGGCGAGUUGAGCGAAGUGCGCUCCAAGAACGGCCAGGGCUGGGUGCUGUCCAACUACAUCACGCCCGUCAACAGCCUGGAGAAGCACAGCUGGUACCACGGGCCCGGUCUGUGGAACUCCGCCGAGUACCUUUUCGGCCUGGUCUCGGUCGCGCUGACGGAGGCGGUACGCUGGAGCUCCGAGGAGAACCCUCACGGGGAGUCGGAGAGCGACCCCAACCUCUUCAAGGCGCUCCAUGACUUUGAGGCCAGCGACGACAACAUGCUCAGCAUCACCAAAGGCGAGGAGCUGCGGGUGGUGGGCUACAGCAGGUGGAGCCAGGUGCGCUCUGAGAAUGGCCAGGGCUGGGUGCCGUCCAACUACAUCAUGCCCGUCAGCCUGGAGAAGCACAGCUGGUACCACGGGGCCGUGUCGCGCUCCGCCGCCGAGUACCUGCUCAGCUCGCUCAUCGACGGCAGCUUCCUGGUGUGGGAGAGCGAGAGCAGCCCCGGGCAGCUGUCCAUCUCGCUGCGCUACGAGGGCCGCGUGUACCACUACCGCAUCAACACGUCCUCCGACGGAAAGGUGUACGUGACGGCGGAGAGCCGCUUCGCCACGCUGGUGGAGCUGGUCCACCACCACUCCACGGUGGCGGACGGCCUGGUCACCACGCUGCACUACCCGGCGCCCAAGCGCAACAAACCCACCGUGAACGGCGUGUCGCCCAUCCACGACAAGUGGGAGAUGGAGCGCACCGACAUCACCAUGAAGCACAAGCUGGGCGGCGGGAAUUACGGCGAGGUCUACUUGGGCAUCUGGUUCAAACGUAGUCGUCGGGUCGCGGUCAAAAAGAUCAAGGAGGACACCAUGGAGGUUGAAGAGUUACUGAAGGAGGCGGCGUUGAUGAAAGAAAUCAAACACCCCAACCUGGUCCAACUUCUAGGCGUGUGCACCCUGGAGACUCCCUUCUACAUCGUGACGGAGUACAUGCCCAACGGCAACCUGCUGGACUACCUGAGGAAGUGCGACCGCAAGGAGACCAACGCUGUAGUGCUGCUUUACAUGGCCACGCAGAUCUCCUCCGCCAUGGAGUACCUGGAGAAGAAGAACUUCAUACACGGGGACCUGGCCGCCAGGAACUGCCUGGUGGGGGAGAACCACGUGGUGAAGGUGGCGGACUUCGGCCUGAGCCGGCUGAUGACCGGGGAAACCUACACAGCCCACGCCGGCGCCAAGUUCCCCAUCAAGUGGACCGCGCCCGAGGGCCUGGACAACAACACCUUCUCCAUCAAGUCUGACGUGUGGGCGUUCGGGGUGCUGCUCUGGGAGAUCACAACCUACGGCAUGUCUCCGUACCCCGGGAUGGACCGGUCCCAGGUGUACGACCUGCUGGAGAAAGGCAAUCGCUUGGAGCAGCCUGAGGGCUGCCCCCCUAAAGUCUACGAGCUCAUGUGGGCCUGCUGGCAGUGGAGCCCGUUGGAACGGCCUUCGUUUGCUGAGAUCCAUCAGGACUUUGAGACCAUGUACCAUGGUCUCAAAGGCAUAUCUGAAGGUACAGCCCACAUCAGAACCCAGCGCGCCGCCGAAGAGGAGGGGAACAGUCGUCCACAACGACUGCCAAAACAAGAGCUAUAAAGAGCCCUCCUUCUAACAAUUAGUGUUUAUGUAUGUUGUGUUAUUUGGAUCAUCAUUAACAUGCAAUGGAUUAACUCAUUCCCAUAUGCCCAUAUCCCGUAUGAAAGUGCAAUUGUUUCAUGCUACGUUUUGAUAAAAAAAAAUAUAUUGUUAUUGUUUUUAUGUUGUAAUGUUCUGGUAAAAAAAUAAGUGUUUCAAUUUGAUGUCCUUCUUAAAUAUUAAUGUAUUCAUUUUCUCAUUAAACCUGCCCACAACUUUAUAUCAGUCUGGUUUUUAUUCAUGAUUAGAAAUUAUCAAAAACAAUGUACUUAUUGCAUUUACCUUAAGUCAAAUGCACAAAACCGUGAAUGAAAAUAAAAAGACUUUCUCAUCCUUUUUCCCAACCUUUUUUUUCUGUCCAUUAUUUAAAACAAAUCAUAACCCCUUUGACAAGUAUGUUAAAUAUCUGUAGACAAAUAUAACAUGACUAUAGAAACAUGAAUAAUACGAUGAUCUAUAAAAUAACUUUGAUUAGUUUAACGAUUUUCUGAACUACACAUAUUACCAAGGCUCAUUCAACGGAAGUACAAAUCAAUAAUUCACCUCAUGAGAUGACCUUUCACUCUCUCGGUCUGUAAAAGUUUUGACAUAAACGGUCCCUAGCGCUUAUAAAUAAAGUUACGCAACAUCCAUUCUGCUCAUAAUGGAGAUCAGGCGUUUGACAGGUUUACUCAAUCUCAGGGCUUUUUCCCCCUAAAUGUUUCUCCCCCGGGCCAAUCGUCUUCCUGUCUUACACAAGCCACAGUUGUAAAUCAUCGACCUCUGCAUCAAAUAUUCCCCUCUAUUUGCCUGA